GUACAAACAAACAAAGCGUGUCAACAAUCAAGUAUCAAUCCUCCAAUUUCAUUGAAGAGAUUUCCAGGAUGAAGAACCUUGCGGGUCUUACAAAAAUGGAAAAUCUACAAGAGAUUUCUCGAAUUGCCCAAUCUACCCUUCGGCAAGGGCAUUUCUCCGUCAUUAUAACGGCAGUCAUCUUCACUGUUCACGUCUUUUGGUUCAAUUCCAUUUUCCAGCCUAAAACCUUGGCGGCUUCUAUUUAAAGAUUGUGACUUUUGCUGUGUGCACAUGCAUGGAAUGGAUGUAUAUUAUACAUGUAUUUAUUAUGUAAUAUAUAUUUUUUUAUGGGACCAGUUCGGUAACAGAUUGUCAGCUGCAUUUCAAUAGAUCCGAGUCAGGUCUACGGGCUCACAUUCACCAGCUUUCUUCAAUGUUCAUGCUUUUUGAUAUCUUUUGCUUGCAUUUUUAGUCUCUGAACAAUCUCAGCUGGUCUACUUGGUUGCCUUUUGCCUUUUUCAUUUUAGAAAGGAUAUGUGUGUAUGAAGAAUUGUUGUUUGACCAAUUUGUUGUGUAAUUCUUCAUAAAGUUUACUUCUUUUUUGGUCCCCUUCUAGUUCUAGAUUAAAAGCUUGUGAGUUUUUAUUGCCCCUGUGAUGUAUAGAGGCUUACAUUUUUUUUAGUAGGUUUAUUUGAGCUUUGUUUGUUUUCUGGUGAUACCUCUUUAAUUUGGAGAACUGAAUUGCUUUUCUCAAGCUUACUUAUUAGUUCCUUAAACUGUAACAGGGAUUGUGAAUUUGGGAAGGUCGACAAAGCUGUUGAUUUACAGCUAGUGGCCUAAGAACCAUGAGUUGAAAAGGGUCGUAUCGGUUAAUGCAAAUUAAGAACUUGGUUUGAGACAAGUUAAAAGCGGAAGUCAGUAAUUUGGGAGAUCAUGUUCUCUUUCCAGAAAAGAUGUUCAUGGUCCCUAGUGGCAAGUGGUGCUUCAUUUGUGAUCUUGGUUUCAGUUGUUCACUUAUUCCUAUACCCUGUCGUUCCUUCUCUGGACUAUUUUAGUACAAAUUCUUGUCUCCCAAUUAAUGGGUCAAGUGCAGUGGAUGAUAGAGCUUCCCAAGAUAACAAGACAAUCGAAGAUAGAAUGUAUGUGACACUAGUCAAUGGGACUUCUAAAGGAAGCCCGCCUCCUAUGCUUGAUUUAAAUGCAGAAUUUCCUGAAGAUUUACAUAAUGCUGUGGUCUACCGUGGUGCUCCAUGGAAGGCUGAAAUUGGCCGGUGGUUAGCUGGUUGCGAUGCAAGAAAUGCAUCAGUGAAAAUAGUUGAGCAAAUCGGCAGCAAGAGCUGCAAUAAUAGUUGCAGCAGUCAAGGCGUUUGCAAUCAUGAUCUGGGUCAAUGUCGCUGCUUUCAUGGUUUCAGUGGUGAAGGAUGUUCAGAGAGGCUGGAGUUGAAGUGCAACUACCCCGAGUCAAAAGAGCAACCUUAUGGGCGAUGGGUUGUAUCAAUUUGUCCAGCACAUUGUGACACAACAAGAGCAAUGUGUUUUUGUGGGGAAGGCACAAAAUACCCAAAUCGUCCUCUUGCAGAGGCAUGUGGCUUUAAGAUCAACCCCCCAUCUAAACCCGGUGACCACCCUAUGACUGAUUGGACAAAAGCUGAUCCAGAUGUCUUCACUACCAAUACUAGCAAACGAGGAUGGUGCAAUGUGGAUCCUGAUGAAGUAUCUGCUUCCAAGGUGCUCUUCAAAGAGGAGUGCGAUUGUAAGUAUGAUGGACUUUGGGGCAGAUUCUGUGAGGUGCCUGUUUCGAGCACUUGUAUCAAUCAAUGCUCUGGGCAUGGGCUAUGCCGAGGUGGAUUUUGUCAGUGUCAUACUGGUUGGUUUGGGGCAGAUUGUAGUGCUCCCUCUGUUCUGUCCUCCAUUGGAGACUGGCCAAAGUGGCUUCGACCAGCCAAAAUAAACAUUCCAGAUAAUGCGAAUGCCACAGGGAAUCCUGUUAAUAUUGAAGCUGUCGUGGAGAAGAGAAGGCCACUCAUCUAUGUUUAUGAUUUGCCCCCAGACUAUAACAGUCUUCUCUUGGAGGGACGCCAUUUUAAACUGGAAUGUGUAAACAGAAUCUAUGAUUCAAAUAAUGCUACAAUAUGGACAGAUAUGCUGUAUGGUGCACAGAUGGCACUUUACGAAAGUAUAUUAGCCAGCCCUCAUCGAACAUUGAAUGGCGAAGAAGCAGAUUUUUUCUUUGUUCCAGUUCUUGAUUCCUGCAUUAUAACUCGUGCUGAUGAUGCCCCUCACUUGUCCAUGGAGGAGCACAACGGCUUGAGGAGCUCUCUUACUCUGGAGUUAUAUAAGAAGGCUUAUGAUCAUAUUCAAUCAGAGUACCCUUACUGGAACCGUUCAUCAGGCAAAGAUCACAUAUGGUUCUUUUCAUGGGAUGAAGGUGCUUGCUAUGCCCCUAAGGAAAUUUGGAACAGCAUGAUGCUAGUCCAUUGGGGCAAUACAAACUCAAAGCAUAAUCGUUCAACAACAGCAUAUUGGGCAGACAAUUGGAAUUCAAUUUCGUCUGACCGAAGAGGAAAUCACUCAUGCUUUGACCCAAAUAAGGAUCUUGUACUUCCAGCUUGGAAGCUACCUGAUGGAGGUUCUCUGAAAGCUAAACUUUGGGCUAGGCCACGGGAGGCGAGGAAGACACUAUUUUAUUUUAAUGGCAAUCUUGGACCAGCUUAUGAUAAUGGGAGGCCUGAAGCUACGUAUAGUAUGGGCAUAAGGCAGAAAGUGGCUGAAGAAUUUGGAUCGAGCCCUGACAAGAAAGGUAAGCUUGGCAAGCAGCAUGCAAAAGACGUUAUUGUGACCUCAUCACGUGCUGAGAAUUACCAUGAGGAAUUGGCUAGUUCUGUCUUUUGUGGGGUUAUGCCUGGCGAUGGGUGGAGUGGACGGAUGGAAGAUAGUAUUUUGCAAGGGUGCAUUCCUGUAGUCAUUCAGGAUGGUAUAUACCUGCCGUACGAGAAUGUCCUUAACUAUGAAAGCUUUGCAGUUAGGAUACGCGAAGAUGAAAUUCCAAAUUUGAUGAACAUUCUCCGGAGUAUAAACGAGACAGAAGUAGAAUUCAAAUUGGCAAACGUAAAGAAACUCUGGCAGAGAUUCUUUUAUCGCGAUUCCAUUUCCCUCGAAGCUGAGAGACAAAAGGAUGCGUCUGGGCGCAUCGAUGACUGGGCCGAGCAGCUUUCACAGCUAAGUGAAGACGAUGUCUUUGCCACAUUCAUACAGGUGCUGCACUACAAGCUACACAACGAUCCUUGGAGACGAUUAGUUCCUCAGAGGAAAAAGGAAUUCGGAUUGCCUGGAGAAUGCUUAAUGAGAACAUUGGAGAAUGCUUAAUGAGAACAUGAUGUAUACAGAAAACGUUAGAACACAGACAGCAGCUAAGGCAUAAGAAUGCCAACUGCAGGAGAUGUAAAGGGAGCCACAAGAAGGCCAUACAAUUUUGGCGAAAAUACAAAUUUUUCUAUGGAUAUGAUAUAUCCUUGUGUAACAGCAUUGCAUUGCAAAAUUACAUUCUUUUAUAGACAUGUAAAUCUGUUGGCACCAGGUGACAAAUCAGUUAUAUUAAAAAGUGAAAAAUUAGUUGAUAUAUAUUUCAAUUAUAGUUGCA